UUCAAAUAAAUAUGACUGCAUCAAAUUACAUUAAUACAAAGCAUCACCUCAUCAACAUUCAUCAUCUUUAACAAAGUUCAGCUUUUCAUCUAUGGCAAAUGGAGGGAGAACAAGCUCGCAAAACCCAGUAGUUGAAGAAUUUGUACCUUCUUCAUGUUGGAUGGAGAACCCAAGAACCCACUCUCUCGUUGUUAAUCUGCCUGGUUUCAAGAAGGAUGAGCUUGAGCUUCAGGUUACUUGCUCUGGCGACUUGAUGAUCAGUGGAGAAAGGAAAGCACAUGAAGAAAAAAUUGUUUCUUUCAAAAAAACCAUUGAAGUGCCAAAAAAUACGAACAUGGAUAAGACCACUGCAAAAUUCAUUGGUGAGGUUCUCUUUGUCACUGUACCAAAGCAAGUGGUAGACGAAAAGAGAAAUGUAGGGUUCUCUGGAGAGAUCUGCACAAAGGAUUUGAAGAAUACAGAUUCGGAAAAUGUUGUGGAGAUGCUUAAAAGAAAUAAGGGAAUUCUUAUGACAGCCAUUGAAAAGGGUUUCAAGAAGGAUGAGCUUAAGCUUCAGGUUACUUGCUCUGGCGACUUGAUGAUCAGUGGAGAAAGGAAAGCACAUGAAGAAAAAAUUGUUUCUUUCAAAAAAACCUUUGAAGUGCCAAAAAAUACGGACAUGGAUAAGACCACUGCAAAAUUCAUUGGUGAGGUUCUCUUUGUCACUGUACCAAAGCAAGUGGUAGACGAAAAGAGAAAUGUAGGGUUCUCUGGAGAGAUCUGCACAAAGGAUUUGAAGAAUACAGAUUCGGAAAAUGUUGUGGAGAUGCUUAAAAGAAAUAAGGGAAUUCUUAUGACAGCCAUCUUGGCAAUUUCACUAGGGGUAUUGGUAACACGUAAGUUGAAAUCAACUGGAAAUUGAGCAGGCUCUCGACCCUGUAUUGCUUGCAUAUACUAUCUACCUUCAUCUCAUAUUAUACCUGAAAGCAGCUACAUUUCGUUCUAUGUACAGAAUAAAAAUGCUAUGUAAAAAUCCAAAUAAAUGAUAUCUAAUGCCUCGUACCCGGAGGGUUAGGGAGUUGGUUCCUA